UCUUGAAUGCUUGUGUCGUAUGAUUGGCUACCGCAGAUGGGCCACAUAGGGUUGGAAAUAUUGAUGUGGGAGACCUGAUUUCAUUCCCCUAACGCCCUCAACGUAUAUCUACCGUUUUUACCCAAUUCUUAUCAUGGUGAACUGGAAUGAUCCCGACCUCGAAGCGAAAUUGGGCGUUCUUUCAACGCAAUUGUCGUUUGUUAUUCUUGGCUUAUACGGCUGGGAAUAUAUAUGCUCCUCGCACGUGGAGAUAGCAUUGCUUCAGAGGCAGCUUCCAUUUCGAUGGCCUUUGCUCACGUACAUUAUCGCCCGAUUUAGCUUCUUGAUUGCGAUUGUUUUACUUGCGACACAACUUAGUCCCUUCCACACAAGUGUUGAUUGUCAGUGCAUGAAUUCCGCCAUCAUAUUCGCGACAAACGUCGCCAUCGGUUGCUCUACAGCAAAUCUGAUGAUCAGAACGUGGCUUAUCUGGAAAACUAGUUACUUGAUGCGCCUUUUGCUAGUCCUCUUCUCACUAGGCCAUUGGACAAUACUCACUCUCUUCCUUGCAACUGCUCGUGCAUCCACCACAAAUGGGGUGUGCAUGCUCCAUUUUGUCAAUCCUGCAUAUGCUAGUGCGACGGUCAUAUAUGGCAUGUUUUAUGAUUUGGCACUUUUGGUCCUCACCGUUGUUGGACUUUGGAGGAUGCAAUCGUCUUCUACGCUUUGGAAGACGCUCGUCAAACAAGGGAUAAUAUAUUUCAUCGUCAAUUUGGUGGCGAACAUCAUUCUACUGGCCCUGAAUCGUUUGAACCUGAAUCCUAUCAUGGACUCUAUUUUCGCAAUGCCUGCGGCAUGCAUUUGCACGAUUGCAUCUAGUCAAGUAGUGCUCUCACUCCUCCGUCCUUCACCCAACGAUGAAAGCGACAGCUCCUCGUCAGUCAAAGUACCUCCUUUGACGACUGACUUCACCGUUUCACAGUUCCCAUCUGUUGCUGACGCCUAGGAGAUCAUCUGUUUCAAAUCACACCAAGUACAUUGUCUCCAGAGUCACGGUCAUGCGAGAAUUCGUAUUUUGGCAUAAGAGCGCAUU